AUGGCGGCGAUGGAGCCCUUGGGCCUCCGGACACGAUUUCGUUCGUUCAUUUGGGACUCGGACAGUCAUCUCAAGUCUCCCGAGGAACGUAAAUUCCUUCGCAAGCUUGAUUUUGGCAUCUUGACAGUGUCCUGUUUGGGCUGGCUCUUGAAGUAUCUUGACCAAAGCAACCUCGCAAACGCGUACAUUUCCGGUAUGAAGGAGGACUUGCAUAUCAUGGGAAAUGAAUACACAUUUAUGGGAACGUGCUAUGUUAUCGCUUACGCCCUUGGACAAAUCCCAUCAACACUAGUCAUCCAGAAAAUCCGACCCUCAUAUUACCUCGCGUUUUGUGAGAUCGGCUGGGGUAUAUGGACGUUUGCACAAGCUGGAGCCACUAGUUCUCAACAAAUGUAUGCUUUUAGGUUUAUGAUCGGCCUGUUCGAGUCUGCGUUCUUUCCGUCCUUGUUAUACCUUAUGGGGAGCUGGUACACAAAGACUGAGCUCGCCAAACGCAUUGCGAUAUUCCAUCUCACUGGCUCUAUUGGUACUGCCAUGUCCGGCUAUCUCCAAGCCGCAAUUUAUAGAAACCUCGACGGGCAUGCAGGCUUGGCAGGUUGGCGGUCCGCUUUCAUUGUUCGCAUCAUGUGCAUUUUUAAAUCGCCCAACAGCUGGCUGUAUAUUGUGUGUGGCUGCAUGACAGUGCCCUGUGGUUUUCUCCUCCUCUUUUUUCUCCCCGAUGUUCCUGCCAACUCUCGCGCCUGGUACCUCACCGAAAAAGAGAAGGCGUUCGCUCUUGAACGCGUGAUCAAACAUGGGAAGGGCCAGCCCACAGGCAAAAUCGAUUUGGCACUUCUGAAAAGGACGUUCUCGCGUUGGCAUUGGUAUUGGUUCGUCCUUGGCUAUGUGCUGUAUGGCUCCUCUUGCGCUGCGACCGGAUAUUUCGGCAUUUGGUUGAAGGCGGAGCACUUCAGCGUCACCCAAAGAAACGUCAUUCCUAGCUGCGGCUCUCUGAUCAACAUUGUUGCCAUCUUCAUGUGGGGCUUCCUCUCCGAUCUCACGGGAAGUCGUUUCUUGUGGGUUUUCAUACCCCUUACAUACGGAUUAAUUCCCAAUGGAAUUCUUGCCGUCUGGCCGCCGUCCAUCAAGCUGAAGGAAUUCGCUUUCCUCACGGGUGGCGUGCAACUUAUGACUGCCGUAUUCUACACAUGGGCAAACGAAGUGUGUAAAGAGGACAACGAAGAGAGAGCGCUGGUGUUAUCGAGUAUGAAUGGCCUCCAAUAUGCUGUUGCUGCUUGGCUACCCAUUGUUAUCUUUCCUCAGACCGAAGCCCCGACAUUCCGUAAAGGAUUCCCAGGGACAUUCGGGCUAGUUAUAGCUGCUCUCGUCGUUAUCGUAAUGAUCAAACUAUUGGUGGACCGCGACGAGCGACGCGAUCUGGCGCGGGCAUCCGUCGGAGACGAGGAGACGGAGGCAGGCCAACAACGGACUAGUGGCCAAGAAGUCGACAUGAAAUCGAAAGAGGAUACUCUCUGGGCGUAUGGACAACCUCAACCAACCCCACAACAACAACCAAUGGCCUCACCCAUACCUACAACCCAAACAGCGGCCGUCGUCCCAACCAGCGCGGCUGCCAUCCAAAUCCGCACCGACCAUCCUGUGAAGGCACAAGCUGAACUCGCCCCGGGAGAGUGUCUUGUCAAGCUGCAUUGCACGGGAGUAUGCCAUACCGAUCUUCAUGCCGCCAUGGGCGACUGGCCGGUCCCCCCAAAAACACCACUCGUCGGUGGACAUGAAGGCGUGGGCACCAUCGUCGCGAUAGGAAAUAACACGACACACUCGCCAGUCAAGGUCGGCGACCGUGUUGGCAUCAAGUGGCUCGCAGACUCGUGUCUCAACUGCGAACAGUGCCGCAAAGGUCGCGAACAAAACUGCCCCAACGCGAAGCUCAGUGGAUACACCGUUGAUGGAACAUUCCAGCAAUACGUUGUCUCCUACGUCAACCACGUUACGCCAAUCCCCGAAGGGUUCGACAGUAAUGCUGCUGCUUCCAUUCUUUGCGCUGGUGUUACCGUUUACCGCGCGAUCAAGUACAGCCAAACAACACCUGGCGAUUGGAUUGUACUUCCUGGUGCCGGAGGUGGACUGGGUCAUCUUGCUAUCCAAUACGCUAAAGUUGCCGGCCUUCGAGUUAUUGCUGUCGAUACUGGCGCCGACAAGAAAGAACUGUGCCUCUCUCUUGGUGCCGACAAAUGGGUCGAUUUUAAGGAGAGCAAAGACAUUGUGGCGGAGAUUUUGGCCAUAACAGACGGGCUUGGCGCGCAUUCUGCAGUCGUGACGACGGCUAGUAGCUCUGGCUACCAACAGGCGAUCGAGUAUCUGCGGAGUGGAGGAACUCUCAUGGCGGUGGGUUUGCCAGGCAAGGCAGCGCUCGAAGCCUCGAUUUUCUUCACCGUCUUCAAAAGUAUCAGCAUUCUCGGCUCUUACGUGGGCAACCGACAAGACGCGACUGAGGCAGUCGAAAUCGCUGCCCGCGGCCAGGUCAAAUGCAGUUUCGCGUUGAAGCACCUGGCGGAUCUAUCUGAGGUCUACGAAGGACUCACGAAUGGCACUGUUGCUGGCCGGAUAAUUCUUGAGAUGCCCAACUAA